UUCUGGCUCGCCGGUUCUUUCGGAGGCUGCCGUUGGGUGCACAGAUUUUCUUUGUAGGGAAAAACGAGGUGUCUCUUUUCCCACGUGGCUGUCCAUUCUGUAGACUGAAGGGGGAAAGGCGGAGUGCGCUUCCCUUGAUUGGCUUUGCUCUUUCAAAUCAUGGUGGGCCAUCACGACCAUAUGUUCAAAGUGCUGAUCAUUGGGGAUGCCACUGUUGGGAAGACAUCACUGGUCCAGCGAUAUGCAAACGAUAGUUUCAACAAGCACUACAAAUCUACGGUCGGAGUGGACUUUGCUCUGAAGGUGGUGCAGUGGUCAGAGUCGGAGUCGGUGAGGCUGCAACUGUGGGACAUAGCAGGACAAGAGCGCUUCACCUCUAUGACUCGGCUGUAUUACAAGGAAGCAUCGGCCUGCGUGAUCAUGUUUGAUGUCACCAGCAUUAGCACGUUCACCAGCUGCCAGAAAUGGAAGCAGGAUUUGGACAGCAAGCUAAAGCUGCCGGAUGGAAGCCUCGUCCCUUGCCUGCUGCUGGCUAAUAAAUGUGACCUUUAUCCGUGGGCUGUGACCAAAGAAGAAAUUGAUCGGUUCAGCAAAGAGAAUGGUUUUACUGGAUGGACUGAAACAUCUGUCAAGGAAAACAAGAAUGUAAAUGAAUCUAUGAGAGUCCUUAUUGAAAAGAUGAUGAUGAUGAGGUCCUUGGGUGACGGAGACGUGUCUGUUUCAGGCCACGGAGACUACAUCAAUCUAAAGGAUGCAUCCACGCCCAGCUGGGGAUGCUGCUAGUUGCUUCUGCUCAGAGGGUGACAGCGCCUUUCAAACAAAUAUAUAUAGGGCUAUUUUUUAAGCAGUAGCAUAUUGCCUUUUGACACUGCUGUAAGCAAGAAUAGAGGAAGGAGUCCCUCAGCCUAGCAGAGACAAAUGAAAGCGUUGCCUUUGCUGCUGACGGGCCACAAGUGUGCACUUUUGCUCUUCCUUUCGGCAUUGCAACUUGAGGCCACGCAGGAAUGAAGAAUCUUCCACCCAUUGUAGCCCACUGCAAAGUCUCCAGCUCCUGCCAUUGCAGGACGAGUGGCUUUGGGGAACUUUCGGCACUCCAAAAGCAAAGCCAAGUAACCGGAUUAUGUUUUGACUAGCGUGCGUGCUAAACCAUCCUUUGCUCUCACUUUGAAACAGGCUGCCUUUAAAGUACCGUCUGUGGGGACAGGCUCUGGCCUGCGAUCAUCCCCCCCCCUUUGUGAUCCAGCUGCAGAAUUUUCUUCAUGCAGCUUUUCUAGAGGUGCCAUUUUUGUCGUGGGGCGCCUAUUGUAUAUAUUUGCCAAGGGCUGCAUGUUUAAGCACUGAAGGGGAAAGCACAAUGAACUCUGGCCCUUUUUUGUCCCUGUUUUUAUGUGGGGGACACAAUUGUUAAGACUUUCCUGAUGCCUUUUUUUUUUUUUUUUUUUUUAGGGAACUCUGCAAUGAAUUGAGGCAAAAGCUGUAAACUGCCCUUGCAUUGAUGCACCUUAUUAGAGCUCCAGCACCAUCCUUUGUUUUUAUAGCCCUUUCCCUGGCAGGAUCUAAUUUGCCUCUUUCAAAUUCUGAUGAAUUACUUCCCCUUAGCAGCCCUACUGUGUGGGUGUAGAUAGCCAUCAUUGUAAGGCUAUCUAAAAGCCCACCUACUGUUUUUAGUGAUCUAAAGGGGGGAAACACAGAAUAAGGGGACACAGGAGGACAAAAAGCAAGUGCUAAAUCUUCCCUGUACUUUUUUUGAUACCAAGUACUUCCCCUUCAUCUUUUUAAUGUGGUCAUAGCUGAUGGACUUCAGUAUUUUUGUGGGAUAUAUAACAUUAUAACUUGUUAGGUUUUAAAACUUGCCAUAAUUCAGGAAAGUUGAAGUGACAAAAUGGUAAGAUGUAUUGAAGUGUUUGAAUUUUUAAUCUUCCUUUUAAAAUAAACAGUCAAGGAGAUGAAUGUGUUAUGGAUAAAAGAUUCCAUGGAUGAAUAAUGUGUCCACAUUCUGGAUAACUUACUCAUUUCUUGGGAAAUUGGUUAAAAACAAAUAUGUUAAGGUCUUAACAGAAAGCUCUAUUAAUGUCUGGCACUAUUUGCAUGUUGUCUCUGAUAACAUUACAGUAGAUUUUAAACUAUCAGUCCAAACUGAGAAUGGGAACAUUUGCCAGAUAAAUAUAAAAUGUAUGUUCUGACACUUUUCUGAAUUAUCUAGAAAAGAUACCCAUUAUUCAUCCAUUGGCUUUUGCCUUGUAAUGUAGGCAUUCCAGAUUAAUAUUUUGUAAAUAAAGAUUAUUAAACAGGUGCUGCUAAAUAAAGAUAUGAACACUG